UCCCCUGUAAGGCGCUCAGUAGUUGCGUCGCUAUGGUUACCGUGUGCGUCACCCAGGCAGCGCUGCAGUACAGAGAAGGCGCCGACAGAGGGAGCUCGUCGUUCGAGGGAACGCAGCGUGGCGUCGCCUUGGCAACCAACCCGGCAGUUGUGCGGAAGUGCGUCACCGGCUGUGACUGCUCAUCCAAUCAGGGCCAUGGGGAGCCAAGAGGAUGCCUGGGAAUGGCUGGACUCGGAGUUUGAUCAUUACCUGGUGGAUAUGAAGCAGCACGUCCUGAAGCUUCCCCAUAGCAACGAGAGACAGCGCUGUGCCCUGUGGGUAAAGAAGCUGUGUGACCCUUUGGGUGCCGGUACCGGAGUGACUGGGAGGAAGAACCGGAAUGUUUACGCCAAGCUCCUGCUCCACAUGCUCAAGCGCAACAAGCUGGAGGGGCCCUUCUGCCGGGAGCCCCAGGACGGGAUGCUGAAGCCUCUGCCAACCUACAUGUCCAUAUAUUUCGAUGACACCCACAGAUCCCCGAGUGCUGGCCCAGAGGGGCUCCCUGAUUGGGUCGUGGGAGAACUGGGGUCCCAGGAAGAGGAAGAGCCCUGGAGGCGGCCCUUAAAGGACAAUACGGAUUUUGUCCCCUCCCCAUGCAGAUACGGGCACCGGUACAGCGCCACCCCCUCUGUCAGCGCCAUGCAGCACACUGACGGCAAGAGCCCUGGAGCCCCCCAAAUGGUGGAACAGAAGAGGAAGACGGCACAGAGUAUGGAUGACAGCGAUAUAGAAGCGCGGCUGAACAGCUGGAAUCUCGGGAUUGAAAACCCUCGGUACCUGCGGGAGAAGCCCAUCACCCUGUCGCCGAUUGGCCCCAGAAUGAGCCAGGCAAAGGUGGGGGGCUCCUGGGAUGAGCAAGCGCUGUCUCGGCUACAGGAGAAAGAGGGGGACAUGAAGACCAAAGCCAUGGAAGCCAAGUUUCACGAGGAGAAGCUGCGGCUCCAGCAGAAACACGAUGCUGAUGUACAGAAGAUCCUGGACAGAAAGAACAGCGAGACGGAGGAACUGAAGGAGCUGUACAGAACCAAACAGGCCGAGUCGGAGGAGACGAUACGGAAACUGGAGAAGAAAGUGCAGGCCCUGCUGCGAGAGUCCCAGCUCAUCCGAGAGACCAAGGAGAACCAGAUAUCGGAGCUGAAGAAGAUGUGCGAGCAGAGCGGCGAGUCGCUGAACAGCGAGUGGGAGAGGAAGUUACACAGCGCAGUAGCAGAGAUGGAGCAGGAGAAGUUCGAGCUGCAGAAAAAACACACAGAGAACAUUCAGCAGCUGCUCGAUGACACCAACGCGAGGCUUCUCAAGAUGGAGUCCGAGUACGUGGCGCAGAGCAAGGCGACUGCGCAGACAGUGAAGGAGCUGGAGUUGCGGGUGCAGCAGCUGACAGUGGAGGCGGAAAGCAGUAACGCACAGCGGCAGCGACUCGCUCAGGAGAAGGCGGAGCUUGACAAAGUCCACCAAUCAGUGAGCAGGGACCUGCAGGAUGCUAAAGCCAGGUGCUCGCUGUUGGAGCAGGAGCGAGAGCGCCACCGGCAGGACCACGAGAGGCAGAUUCAGCAGCUGAAGGGCAAAUCUGAUUCCGACAUCAACUACAUCACCCAGCAGAAUGCCUUGCAGGCAGUUAAGGCAGCCAAUGCCAUUGGGGACUUGGAAGAGAAGGUCUCCCAACUAAAGCAGCAGCUGCAAGAGGCGGAGCAUAGAAUGCAUCAGCGACUCCAGGAGCAAGAGGGGGGCUUCCAGAAGGAGAAGAUGAGUCUGGAACGUGCCAGUGAGAGAAAGGUACAUGAGCUGCAGCACAAGAUGGAGGAGGAGCGAGAAAAUGCGCAGAGGCAGAUCUCUAAGGCCGAAGUGCUUCUACAGGAGAAGGAGGAGGCGCUGGUGCAAGUGAAGGAGCUGCAGAGGGUACAAGCCCACCAGGCCGACGCUGCAUUGGAAGAGUUUAAGCGCCAGGUGGAGGCCAACAGCGAGACAGUGUAUAGUGAGCUGAAGCAGCAGAUGGAAAAGGUGGAGGCCGACCUCAGCCGCUCUAAGUUUCUCCGAGAAAAGCAGAGCAAGGAGUUCAGCCGCCAGUUGGAGGAUCUGAAACACCGAUAUGAGCAGCAGAUGGUGGAGCUGAGGCUGGGGCACGAACAGGAGAGGACACACCUUUUCCAGCAGCACAACAACGAGAAGGAAAGCAUCAUCAAGGAGCACGAAAAGGAAAUCGAUAGGCUGGAGAAGCAGCUUCGCAGCACCGUGUCGGAUCACGAGGCGAAGACCCAGGCGUGGAGGCAGCGGGACGCCCAGGUUAUCUCCGAGCUGGAGGCCCAAGUGCAGCGCCUGAAGGAAGAGCUGAUCCAGUUGAACUCCCAGCGCAAGCAGCAGCUGUUGGAAUUGGGGCUCCUGCGGGACGAGGAGAGGCAGAAGGCAUCUCAGGAACAUCAGCUGGCGAUGAGCAAACUACGGGCAGAAAUGGAGAGUCUGCGGAUGGACCUGCAGAGAGCCCACGCUUCCCAACUGGAGGAGGUCAUGGAGAAGGCCAACGCCAGGUUCCAGCACAUUGAGAAGGAGUACAGCGACAAGCUCGCCCGAUCCACGCAGAUGGUGAAUGAGCUCCAGUUGUCCGUGGCCUCCGUGCGCGAGGAGAGCAGCCGGCAGCAAGUCAUUGGGGAGCGGAGGCUUCAGGAGGCGGCUCAGAGGCACGAGGGAGAGAAGAGGCAGCUGAUUAAAGACAACAAGAUGGCUAUAAAGGUUCUGAAAGAUGAAGUAGAAAACUACAGCCUGGAACUUCGGGCCACGGAGAAGAAGCUUCAGGAGAAGGAACUGGCUGCGCAGGAACAGGUGACCCAGAUCCGCCAGGAGUAUGAGCUGAAGAUUAAGGGUCUGAUGCCGGCGACGGUGAGGCAGGAGCUGGAGGGCACCAUCACGUCGCUAAAAUCCCAGGUCAACUUCCUGCAGAAAAGGGCACAGCUUCUCCAGGCCGACCUUGAUAUUCAGCAGAGUAAACGGUUAUGACCCCCCCCGUGUCCCCCCGGAUAUCAUGGCGGCCGGAGUCGGACAUCGCAGCCAGACUGUGAGCCCCAUAAAUACAAUAUCUUUAUUCAUUCUGCCCCUUAUACCCCCAUCCCAUUCCAACCUCCCCCCCGGGUCCCCCCCCCCCAUGUCUGUGCAUUUGGGGGGACCCUGCUUUUUUAUUACACAAAUGCGCCUAUUUCAUUGCUAUUUAUUCUACAUGUUUGUGCCGUAUGUACCAGUUAUUUAAUACAUUAAAGAUAUUUUGUACUGUA